GUCACUUCAGCUCUGUUGUCCCAACGCCGCGCCGCGCACCGACCUACAUCACCAUCACCUUCGCAAAUAUUACCUUUGUGUGAUUACCUACGUUAAAAUUGUGGAUUGUAAAUAGAUGUGAGCAUUACAGGUUACAGUAUCAAGAAAAUAGAACAACAAGUGGCGAGCGUCGUGUCGGGCGGCGGCCCGCGCUCAUAUCAGUGAUAAGAUAAGCCGCGCGAGCGUGCUAUCGUCAGUACCGAGCGGGCCCGCGCAGCACCGACCGGAGCCAUGUGCCGGCGCGUCGCGCCCGUGCUGCUGGCGCACGUCAAUCUCCUGCUUACCCUAUACGGCGGCGCGGCGCUGGCGACGGCGGCGCGACUCAAGUGGGACCCCAGCACGUACCUGGCGCUGCGCGAGCUGUUCCCGGCGGAGUACCGCGCGGCCUGCGCCGUGCUGACGGCGGGCGGCGCGGCGCUGCUGGCGCUGCCGCACGUGGCGGCGGCGGCGGCCCACAUCGCGCGCGCGCGCCGCGCUCUGCUGCUCUAUGUGUACGCGGCGCUAAUGACGAUGCUGGUGCUGGGCGAGGUGGCCUUCUGUGCGUGGCUGGCGCUGCAGGUGCUGGCCUGGCAGCAGUCGGAGGCGGCGCGGCAGCUGGCCGAGGCGCUGGAGCUCAGCGACCACCUGCGGCCUCUGCUCGACUACAUGGCGCGCUGGCACCCGCUGCCGCACCGCGUCGACCAGCUCAUACAGGAGGCGAGCGAGGACGCGCCGCGCAACGCGUACGUGGCGCUAGUGCUGGGAGUGCUGCUGCCGGUGCUGCAGGUGCUGGGCGCCGCGGCCGCGCUGCUGGCGGCGCGCGCGCCCCGCUCCCCCCGCGCCUCCGCGUCCGACGCCGAGCUGUCGCUGCAGCCGCGCCCGCCGUCCUACAACAGUGCGUCCGGCUACGGCUACCAGAAGAUGCCGCGCACCGCCUAUCGCAACGGCCGCAUCGUCGUGCUGGGCUAACUGCGCGCCCCCGCGCCCCCGCGCCCCGGACCGCGGCGCCGCGGCGCGCCCCCUGGCUACGCGGCCGCGCCCUCGUCUCGCAGUGCCACAUUUACACUGUGGAGUGACCCUGAACUCGAACUUAUGUGUCUGACUUAGUGUUAUGUUGGUACUAUAAUGUAAUUUAAGUAUAAUCUAAUAUUAAAAUCUAAAAUAAUAAUCUUUAAUAAAUUCCAUUGAAUUAUACUUUGUAAACGUGUUAUAUUAGUAAAAUGUGUCACUUGUAAGUUUGUCUGCAAUUAUGUAUGAAAUAAUAUUUCUGGUCUUCUGGAUUACCUCUUCGACUUCGAGUUGCAAACGAAGGGUAAGUAAAGUUGAAGCCUGGCGCCAUCUACCGGACCAAUAUCAGACCAGUAGUAGCCAAAUUUUAUUAUGUGUAUACUUUACGACAAAUAUACGACUGCCUCGUUAACCGAGUGGUCGCAAGUUCGAUUACUGAGCAAAGGGUAUCUGAUUAGAUUCCUGGGUCGUGUAAAGUAUUAUUAUUGGCAUGUUUCCGGUUUUUGAAAAUGUCUUAGUAGGAGAGCACGUGUCUGAAUUGUUGUUGUCCGGUAAUGACAAUAAGCGCACCCGGAGCCCGGAGGCGAUCAUCAAAUGCCUCCCCCGGUGGGGGGACAGGGCCACACUUAUUGUCUCUAGUUGUGUUUCAAACCGGAGCCCCGGAAUUAUGCAUUUGUAACGACAUAUACUGUUGUAUACUGAACAUAUUUAUGUUAUGACACACGCUGUAUGUAAUACGUAACAUAACAUCACGCCUUUUAUCCCCGAAGGGGU